GUACCACCUUUUUGUGGCUAAAUUACAGGAAUUUGUCACCACGUGAAAAAUAGCAUUUUACAAAGUGACAGAGCAGCUGCUGAGCCAAUGAAAUAACAGUCAGCUGUCGUAACCAGAGAAACGACAGAAGGAGGAAUAACAUCACACCAAACCCGGCAAACAAAGAGGUCCUUUCUCAACGACAACAUUUUUCCUCCAUAUUCUAUAGUUAUGAGUCAUGUGGCCGUCGAAAAUGUCCACGGUCUAGAGCAGCAGCUCGCUGUCCUAGACUUGACCGCAGCAGACGGGCAAGGGGGAGGCACCAACCGGCGAUACAUUCCUCCACAUUUACGGAACAAAGACGCUUCCAAAAAUGCAGGAAAUGCCUUUGCUGCUGGUCGACAGGGUGGCUACACCAUAGCACCUGCAGCCAACUACGGCUGGGAUGGGGGGCGCAACAACUUCGUCAACGGCUACCAUGACAACCGCAUGGGGGGCGGCAACACAUUCAACCGUGGGCCGCCUCGCAUGGAACGGGGCCGAGGUGGCGUCGGAGGAGGGGGUUACCGCGGCAACAGGGGUGGAGCCUUCAACCCCAUCAAUCCAGCGCAGCCAAUGGGCUUCGGUGGCUACGAAAAUAAAGAUGCAGGCGGAUGGAACACAGCCAAGGAUGCCUAUAGCAGUUUUGGCAACAACCGAGGAAAGUCUGCAUUCUUCAAUGACAGAGGCAAUGCUAACAGAGGGAGGUUCGACCAUGGUGGAUUUGGUGGUGGAGGAGGAGGCGGAAACAGCCGCUGGGUGGAGGAAUCCAGAGAUGAAGGAGACUGGUCGAAGCCAACGCCACGUAACGAACGCCUUGAACAUGAGUUGUUCUCCGGCAGUAACACUGGGAUUAACUUUGAGAAGUACGACGACAUUCCUGUAGAGGCCACGGGACAGAACUGCCCUCACCACAUCGAGAGUUUCCAGGAUGUGGACAUGGGUGAGAUUGUUAUGGGAAACAUCGGCCUGAGUCGCUACACCAGACCAACCCCAGUCCAGAAAUAUGCCAUUCCUAUUGUCAAGUCCAAGCGAGACCUCAUGGCCUGUGCACAGACAGGGUCUGGAAAGACAGCAGCGUUCUUGCUGCCGAUUCUCAGCCAGAUCUACACUGAGGGACCAGGUGAAGCUCUUACUGCAGCUAAAGCCACUGGUCAGGAGAAUGGAAAGUACGGGCGUCGUAAGCAAUACCCCAUCUCUCUGGUACUGGCUCCGACCCGAGAACUGGCACUGCAGAUAUAUGAUGAAGCCAGGAAGUUUUCCUACCGCUCAAGAGUGCGUCCAUGUGUUGUGUACGGAGGAGCCGACAUUGGCCAGCAGAUUAGAGACCUGGAGAGAGGCUGCCACCUGCUGGUCGCCACACCUGGAAGACUGGUGGACAUGAUGGAGAGGGGCAAGAUUGGACUGGACUACUGCAACUACCUUGUCCUGGAUGAGGCGGAUCGUAUGUUGGACAUGGGCUUUGAACCACAGAUUAGACGUAUCGUUGAACAGGACACCAUGCCCCCUAAAGGCAUCCGACAGACCAUGAUGUUCAGCGCCACCUUUCCUAAAGAGAUCCAGAUCCUGGCCCGGGAUUUCCUGGAAGAGUACAUCUUCCUGGCGGUGGGCAGAGUUGGUUCUACCUCAGAGAACAUCACUCAGAAAGUUGUGUGGGUGGAGGAGAGUGAUAAGAGGUCUUUUCUCCUGGACCUGCUCAGUGCUACAGUCAUCCCCAGCGAGGUACAGGACAAUACUGGAGACAACAUAGAGAAACCUGGUAAAGACUCGUUGACUCUGGUGUUUGUGGAGACCAAGAAAGGCGCAGACGCCUUGGAGGACUUCCUCUAUCGGGAGGGUUACGCCUGCACCAGUAUCCAUGGCGACCGUUCACAGAGAGACCGAGAGGAGGCCCUAAGCCAGUUCAGAUCAGGAAAAUGCCCCAUUUUGGUGGCCACAGCGGUAGCAGCUCGGGGUCUGGACAUCUCCAAUGUGAAACAUGUCAUUAACUUUGACUUGCCAAGUGACAUAGAAGAGUACGUCCACCGUAUUGGACGUACAGGACGAGUAGGAAACCUGGGAUUGGCCACAUCGUUCUUCAAUGACAAGAAUGGGAACAUCACUAAGGACUUGCUGGACAUCCUGGUAGAAGCCAAACAGGAGGUUCCCUCAUGGCUUGAGAGCCUGGCCUACGAACACCAGCACAAGAGCAGCAACAGAGGACGCUCUAAGAGGUUCUCUGGUGGUUUUGGAGCACGUGAUUACCGCCAAACAGCUGCUGGAGGAAACGCUGGAGGCUUUGUAGGACGUGGAGCUCGUAACCAGGCAGGACAUGGAGGAAACCGUGGCUUUGGAGGAGGUGGUUUCGGUAACUUCUACACCAGCGACGGCUACGGAGGCAACUACUCACACUCUCAAGUUGACUGGUGGGGCAAUUAGGUUUCCUUCACCCCUUCCCUUUUCCCCAUUCAGCCCUCUUUCUUCUUCUUCUCACUCAUCCUCCUUCCUUUCUUCACACUGUUGUCUGCACCCCAUCUCUCUCUUCCCCUCCAUCAAUUCCAAAAACCCUCAUGCAUGCUAUUAAACUAUUUAUACUCAUUUAUAUAGCUCUCCUUCCACCCCAAGGCACUCAGAUCUUUGAAUUUCUCCAUCUCCAUUUCCAUCUUCUUUGUCUUUACAGUCCCCCAUCCUUUCUUUGGUUCCUCUUGUCCUGGUAAAUCUCACAAUAGACCACCUUUAUAAAGGGAUUCCUCAGUUUAAGUUGGGUUUUUUUCAACACUAGCCACAGAUGUACGUGUUAGCUUCCAGCUAACAGCAUCGUUUGGUUUCAGUGAGGACAUUUUGAGCUAUUUUCCCUCUGUGGCAAGUGUCUGAAGAUAAAUAACCAACUAAAUUGAAGUGGUAGGUUUUCCUUUAAUGCAUAAGAUUGGAUAGACACUAAGAUUUACAAUGUGUUGAGUCCUCUAAAACCGCCGCAGAAGGCCAGGGGGGAAAUCCAGUUUUUUCACUUUAGAUUUGAGUUUUGGCUUCAUUGUGUUUUUGUCUGCAUUCACCCAAAGCCAGCCAGGCUUUCCUGUGUACCUUCACAUGUCAUCUUUGUAUUUAAAUGCACGGCCACGUUGUAAACUCACUGGCCAAAAACUUUUUCUAAAAUAUAGUGCAGAGAUGGGCAAGAGGUCAAAUCUUAGCAAAAUAUGUCUGCAUAAAAAAUGAACAAUGGGAACUGACUGAGGUCUCCUUCACUGACAUGACAGAUACUACAAAGAGGCCACAGAAAUUCCUUUUUUUUCUUUUUUUACACCUUUUUUAAACAUUGAAAAACUUAUUUACCGAGGUCUGAGAAAAAUGUCUAACAGAGAAGUGAAAACCCAGUCAGUGGGACAGCCAGCAGACAUUGUUGCCCAUUAGCAACCAUGAUGCUAGCAAACUGAAUUUUAGGACUUGUGGUUGUUGAUAUCACAACUACAAACAGCAUUUUCUUUGUUUGAAACAAAAACAUAAUGGAGGAUCAUUUGUUUCUGUACUGUGCCUUUAAGAAUUUGAACAUUGUCUCUUAUUUCUGUUAUUUUUAUCGCCAUAAUACGUAACUGGCUACAAGUAUUGGCCAACUGUGACUAAAAUGUGUAUUUAAUGUCAUGUAUGGGUUUAAACAUGUUUUCUUUAUUUCUAUUUGGAAGGAAACAAACUAGGCUUGAACUAAAUCAAACCUUGGCAAAAAAAAUACCCUAAACAAAAACUGCGAUGAGGCAACUCAUAGCAAUUCCUUAUCUGUCUACUGGAGUCUAUUGGUCUCUGAUAAGCUCGUUCCCAAAAGCAUAAUACCACUUUAACCAUGUUUACAGAUUGUUUUAAUACACCCUCAUUCAGAGUGACUAAAAUAGGUCAAAACUGACAUUACAUAAAAAAAUAAAUAAAAAAAGAAGUAUUAAUUAAAAAAAAUGCGACCUCUUUGCUUUACUAUCCAAUGAGCAGAGAUAACAGCGAGUGGUUUUAUGCUUUUGAGAAACCAAGUCCUACUCAUUGACCUGUACGUCACAUUUACAGCUCUGGUUUGAGCUAGAAGUUGGGUUUCUCAAAGUCAUCUUGUCACUAAUUGUUGGGUCAUUUCAUUGUCAACAGCCGAGCCACUGAGAGAGAAUUUGGCCCAGCUGUGCAGCAACAGCCAUGUAAUUUUGCUGCUCCCGGUCUUAUGUACAUUUGUUCUUUAUAACUGACUACAAGUGCCCAAAAUGAAAUAUUUACUGCAUAAAACACUGGCAGAAGUUAGGUCUCUUGCACUUGCACCACAUCCAGUUGUAAUGUAUUAUAAAUAAUGCAACAUAAAGAAAUGCUUCAACAAUGUUCAGAUAUAUAAAAAAAAAGAAAACUCUUACAUGGUGGCUGCUGUAUCAAACGGUUACCAAUUAUCAAUCAGUGGCCGUGGCUGCUAGACUGACCCUUUUAGUGUCAGCAUGCUGUUGGGAAACUGGCUCCGCGUCCACCACAAACAUUGAAACCCUUGUUUGCCAAAAGCUUCUUUCAAGGGGGGAAACACAACUAAAAGGCUAAAAGAGUUCAAAAUUUUCUCGCUCACUCUAUCCUGGAGAGUUACAUGAAGAGUCUUCUCUAAAAUAAGUCAUUCCAGUUUAUUCUUUAGGUCUUUUCAAGAUCUUGUUGGAGUCAGGGAUAAAAGUCAAGAAUCUAGCCUCACCUGUUUCACAGCAGGGACAGUCGGGGGGGCUUCCACAGGAUCUCCGCAGCACAUUUCAGCCACAUCAUGUCACACAGUACUAUAAGCAGCUAUGCAUCUGUUAAACCGUCUUAGUCUAACCACAUAGUACGACUAUGCUCCUAAUCAUGAUUGCAGGUUUAUACAUUCCUAUUCUUACCAAUAAAUAUUAAUAAUAUAUUCAACACAUACAAGCCUUAUUUUUCUGUUUCUGACUACUACUACUACUACAACUGAAAUAAAUGAUGCAACAUGGCUCAUGUAAGUUGCACUUUUGGGAGCAUUGCCUCAUUUAAACCGUCUUUGAAAUGUUAAAAAGACACCAAACUAAAACGGUACAGUGAGUUAGUGGAAAAGUGUCAUUACCGAACUGAGCUGAUCACAUGAAUUUGGAGAUGUAAUCAAUACCUAAUCCCUGGUUAGCCCUACUUAGCCCUGCUGUGAAACCAGACCAUAAGGGGCAGUUGACCUGCACCCAAGACGUUCAUGUUUCAUCCCUGAUUGAACUUCUAAAAGGAGCUCCACUGUACAUUUGGACCAUUCAGUGGUUGAAGUCCAAUCCCCCACAGUGUCGAUCAGCAGCAGAAUAAGCCAAAAGAGAAGAAAAAAACACACUCUGUUGCUUCUUGGUGGGGAAAAUUGUUAAUUUCUUUAUCAGGGGCUUAAUUUGUUUUGUUUACAUGAAGAACUUUGAAAUAUAGAUAAAAUGUAAAUAGUUCAGCUCUUCUUAAAAACAGAGAAGAAUCUCCACUGAAAAAGAAUGUGAAUAACAAGUGAAACAACACUUGAUGUCAAGAGAAUUACAUUUGAUCACUCAACUUUGGACCAGGCAGUGUCUAGUGAGCUUAGUUCAGUGGGCAAUUUGAGAUUGAAUUUAUUGUAAAUGCUUGUGUGUGUGUAAAUAGACACAAACCAAUGAGGGAAAUUAAUUUACCAAUGUAUGCUCACUAGACAGAUUUCCUCAAAUUGCCCACUGGCUUUGACAAAUGACAAGGCUGGAACAAGACAAUAAAACAUACGCAAGUGUUGUUGUUUUUUGGUCAAGGAGUUUAAAAUGCCAAGCGAAUACAUACAAAUUAUACAGCAGUCUUUAGUUGUGUUAGAACACUCUGAUUUUUCCCAUCUUCUAUAAUUUUUGGUUUUGUUUUUUUUUUUACUUAGGAUCAGAAGUCAUGUUCAGGUCAAUCUUCAUAUGUAUUUCCCUGGUUCAGGAAACUAGUUGGCUUUAAGUGUCACAUUAAAAGAUACCAUUUGUGAAGUUACUACAAUGUCAGAGGACUCAAGUAGAAAGGUCACAUGCGAAAUUUCCAAAAGCAGCUUAUUUUCUUGUUGUGAAGAUAGUAAGCUGAUUUCAGCCGUAAAGCAGUUUUAAAUUCAUAUAAUACUUAAUUCAGUACAUUGUACAUAUUUCCUUCUGGACAACUUUUCAGGAUCAUAAAUCUUUUCUUGCUUUAAUUCCUGAUGUACUAUAUCUCGCUAAACCUGCUUCACCUUUUUGAGAAGCCAAUUUAAAGGGACGAUGCUCUGUUCAAGGACAAUUGUCAUAAGAAAAAGGAUUAGGAAAAGUUUAAGGUGGUCACUUACAAAGCAAAAGUAAAAAUGGAAACUUCUGUCUGCGUUUUCUUUUGGCUGUUCAGCUGUUGUUUUAGCAUCUUUGUAGAACAAAGCAUCAUAUUGUUCUCCAACAUGCAGCCUAAAACAGGUAAAACUACCAUGAGCACCAGUUAAAAUAGUCAUUGUUUGCCAGAACUGUGUUUGAGGUGUCCCAGUAGAUGUUUUAGCACAUUUUAACCAAUCAAAUAAUAAUAAUAAUAUGAUCUGAAUAACACACUUAAAUUUCACCUGCAGCAAUAGUGGGAAUCACUUCCCCCUUAGAUUUGUUACAAGUACUGUUGCUGUUCAGUAUGCAGGAAUAAUUGGAAGAAUGAUAGAAAUCAGUAACAAGACAAUAAGUAGAAGAUAAAAAUGCAAAUGACAAUCAAAUAAUGGAAGGACUAGUUUAAAAUUUGCAUCAUCAACAGAAAGGAUUUAAGUUUUUUUUUAAGUUAUGGGACACCUUAACAUGUAGAAUCAUCUUGAUUUGCUGUCUUAUUGGUAGUAAGUUUAAUAGCUGUCACAAUUUAAAAAUGCACAUCCAUCAUGGAGACAGAUCUGGAGAGGCAGAUAAAUGCCAAAAUGAAAUUCAUUACCUUACAGUUGAGGAUACACUUUCUGGUUUCAUUAUAGCACCCAACGGCAUCCAAACUGUUCAUUUUUGGAGCUCAUUACAGUUGAGCAGUUGAUGAAAUUUGGUAGAGAAGGGAUAUCGUCAACAUUUCUUACUUGAAUCCAUGGCUGUUGCCAACCACAAACUUAGUGUGCAGCUAGUGCAGUCUCUUGUGUUUAAAAAAAAAAAGCUAAGCAUGCUGAAAUGCUUUUUUUUGCAGCCUAAAUCCAAAGGCAUAUCUUUAAGAUGGAGAUACGAAUCACGUAAAUGUAUCUGGUUCAGUGUGUAGACAAUGCUGUGCCUUCUAACAGCCACUAGGGGGCAGAUAAAAUAUCUGUGAAUAAAUGAAGGAACCUUUCACAUCCUGUGAUAAAGGAGCAGGGCGUCAUUGAAGGAAAAACUUCAGUUUACCUCACUUAAUCUGUACAUCUUGUUUAUAGAGUAAUCUUGUCAAGUAGUAGUGUUUAGAGUGUGCACAUAAAUAUGCAAUGUAUUUAGGUCGUUUUCUAGAGCAGACAGAAUAUACCUGUCAGCUGUAAUUACCAUUGAACUGUGUUGGAGUGCCCCAAACCCCCACCUGACUUUGACAAAAUGCCCCACAAUGUGCAAUAGAGAUCAGUUAAUUGUGGCUUGCUCUUACUUUGCCGUCACUAAGAACUUCUCUGCAUGAGUUUUGUUAGGGCCUUUUUCUGUCCGCAGUCUGUGCUCAGUUUGGAUUACGGCACAAACUGGCACAAAAUCUAGCCCAAAUUCUGACAUGUGCACGGUGCCUUGAAAUGACUGAAUCAUUAAAGACUGAAACAUAUGGGUUAGGGCUGGGUAUUUUUUUAAUACAGAUGUAAAAUUCAAAAUAUUAUAUAGAUGACAUCUUUUUUGAAAUAUCUUUAUCUGGGUGAAAGUAAAGGCAUUAUGCAAUAGAGGGUAUGUAUGUGACAUCACCGUACGUGGACGUCCUCCAUGGCACACCCAAAAUAUUUAAGCAUAGCCAACGAAGAAAUAAAGUGAAGACAUCACUUCAAUGUUUAAGAGCUGUUGUGUAAUCAGUCUCAGAAAAAGAAGAGAUGAUUAAUGGGUUCGUGCUGAAACUUGGAAGUGUAUUCACCACGUUGUGUUAUUAAUGUUGAAUUUUUAAGUAAAUUCUCCAUCUUAACUGCAUUCUGUCAAAAAGGUCGCUGUUGCUUUUUAGCCACGUUAGCUUCAGGAUAGCAAUAUCAGUCAGUCAGUCAGUAGUCCACUUUGGUCCACAUUUAGAAAAUUGGAUAGUUUGCCAUGAAAUUAGCUCACAGUGCUGCUAGCGUGUCUUGUUCACAUUAUUUCGCAGCUCUUCUCAGUCAUUGAAGCCAUCGCGGGUCUGUGUUUAACACCCAGUGGUGGGGGGUGGUAUCUCAUGAAUAAGGACACACCCUCAUGCAUACCCUCUAAAGAUAUUAGUUUAAAUGUAACAUUGGUUUGUUCUCAUUUAAAAAAUCCAGCACUUUAGUUUUUUUUUAAAGUAUUUUCAGUACCUUUUGAUGCCUUAAAUUCAAGAGUGAUACCCAGUCCUAAUGGAGCUGAUUGUGAAGUUGGUUACACUUUAUACAGCAUUACCAUGGCAACAGACACAGACAGUGUCACCAUGGCAAAUGAUUCUGCGUCUCUAUGGUAACUAACUCACCAGCAGGAGUGCUUCAAUUGUCAGUGAACAAUUAAUGGUGCUAUGCUCCCAUUGCUGCGGCCUGCAGGCCCUUCUGUUUGUAGAAAGACUGAAAAUCCCACCGAGUUUUACAGAAAAUACUUCAGUUACUUAGUUUAAAAAUGUCUUCUGUAGCACAGGUCCUUCAAAACCUCUGAGAGGUGUGUGUGAGUGAGUGGGUGUUUGCAGUUUAGUGCAGCCAGGUGUCUAAGAGAAAGAUGUCGCCACAGUUUAGUGUGUGUGUGUGUGCGUGCGUGUGUUGUAUGGAAAGGUUCUUCCGGAUACGAAACAGUUUUUCUUUUGUUUUGUUUUUUCUUUUUUUUUUUGGGGACCAGGUGGAGUUGUAGUUAACAGCAACCGGAGGAUUCAGCUGUUUGCACAGAGUUCUCGAGUCUACUUUCGCUGCUAGUUUGUGUAAUUUAUCAAGCAUUUUUGAGAAAUAUUUAUUUUUAUAAGCCUAAUACAAAAAGUUGAUAUUUUAAAGAGUGACUUGACCAAAAGACAGUAAACAAAAACACUGGCUCUUGAAUGUUGAAUGUCAUUGGUAUGAGUGAAAAUUUCUAUUUUUCUGGGGUAGUGUGAGCUUUUUAAUGUUAAAGAUGCAACAUGUAGGGGUUUCUCUUGAAUAUGUCACUGUAACAAGCUGUUAGAACAUAUUUUAGAAAAUGAACAAAACUGUUGGUGGUGCCCAAACGUGUGUCAAAUCAUGCUUGUCAAAAAUCUCAAUAUAAACCAAUUCUCUUCUUAAGGCCAAUACAAAGUAAACUAUGCUGUGUGCACAUCUUCUCGUGUUGAAACAUUCCCUGCCCCCAAAACAACCCAAAAUGAAGACCCUACAUACCUUUCUGAACAGCUGUUAAGAUGUGGUUUAUAACCAAAUACCUGUGAACACUUUACUGUACUCUAUUUAAUACAAAUUAGCAAAUGCUAACAAGAUAAAGUAAGACAUUAUAUACUAGUCAUUCGCAUGUUAACAAAACCACUAGGACUGUUAGUUGUGAUAUCACACACCUUCAGUAUCUUCUAUCCCAGCCUAGAUCAUUUUGUAUUUUGGUGUUGAUAUAUUGUGAUAAUAGUACAGCCAUAUAAAAAUGUCUGUUUUUAGCUGAUCCAGUGAAUUAAAUAACAAAAAGAAAGUUAAGGUAUUUCAUCAUAUUAAUACCACAAUCCUGUAAAUCCAAUACUACCAUAAAUCGCACUUUUGAAAACGGUCUGGCAAAGUCUCAGACGGUUGACAAAUAUUUAUCGUCUCACAUUAUGAAGCGUCAUAUCACACAAGCAAGAUUAAAAGCCGUUGAACUUUUUUGCUGUGAAAAAAAUUGCAUUGCUUCCUUUCUAUUUAAAUAGAGUAGACAUAUUUAAUAUAAAAGUGACUCCCAGCUUUGAUUAACUGUGUGCUUGUUGUACAAUGGUUUGUUUUUGAGGCAAAAUUUGAGAACAUUUGUUAGUCAGCUGGUCUGAUGGCCACAAGGGGGCCCCAGUCCAUUUCUGUCCAUUAUUCAACUAAUGACUUCCCCUCUCUGACGGUACGUGAAGAUGUGCACUUAGCAUCACUUGAAGACACAGAGAAGCACUGAUGGUUGUAUUACAGUGGAAUGUGACUGUGACAUAUGAAGAGAAACACCCCACACAGGUUACCUUGAAAGUCACAUUGGACUCAGUUUCAGAUCCAUUAACCUGUUGGUGCAACAGGUUCCAAUGCCAAUAAUGAUAAUCAACCACAAACAGCCAUUUUUAAUUGGCAAACAAAAUUUGAGACAACACCACCAAAUAUGCCAAGGUUUGGAUUAAAAACAAUUAACAAAAUGUUACGAUCAAAGACCGUUUUGUAAAAAAAAAAAACAUGCAGUACAAAAAACAAGUGUCCAGAUUCUCUCCAAGUCAGUUUUUUUUUCUUUUCAUUUGAGUCUUUACACUUUUCCUUCCCGUUAAUACCCUUUGUGUGAAUGUCUGGCAAGUGGCGAUCUUUAAAGUCUUCAUAACACAGAAUUAACUGUGGUUCUAUUGCUAUGUUGUUGUGAUUUGCAUAUUUUCAGGCAUUGGUGUGUUAAUGCUCGCACAGUGGGAGCUCCUGGCCAAUCAGAAAUGAAGAAAUGUUUGCAAAAAAAAAGACCCUGGUGACAUAUGAGAUGUUUUUGUUUGUUUUUUAUUGCAACUUGCAGAUGAUCCAUGAGUCAUCUUCUAUUAUAUAGCAGCUGUUUGAAAUGUAACUUGUAUUUUUACUGCUGGUCCACUUAGCUCAGACACUCUGCUGUGUAACAGGGACAAAUCCACUGUCAGUGAGGCAAGAUUAUCCCACUGAUCAACCUCUGUAGCCUCAGUAGACCAUAAUGCAUUGCGGCCACAGCACACCCACAAUCAACGACAGAUGAAUAAUCACACUUCACAGCCUUUUGUAUGCAUAAAUUCAAACUUUUGUGACAAACUGAUUUUAGGUGUUGACAAAAGGCAUUCUGGGAAGUAAAAUAAUCCAAAAGGUUGACUGAGAUUACAUGGGAACAACUAU